AUCGUAUAUUCAUUUUUUGGUGUAGCACUAUUAAGCUAUUUAGGGUUUCGUGUAAGCGAGAAUGACGCAUGGAUAUAGAGUUUAUUCCAGUGAAUGCCGAUGGAUGGUCUUUGCUCAAAGGCUGCACUUUACGCCUGGAGAGCUAAAGUUCGGUAGUAUUACAGCGUUGUCGCGCAUGUACAUAUUGAAAUAUCGUUAGUGAAAGUGAAGAAACGAAUUUAGCGAACUUUAAAACUGGACGCGUGCAAGUUACAGAGUUACAGAUAUGUCAGAAAAUGUUGAGACAUCCACGCCCCCUGUUGAGACUAAAAUUGUGGAUGAGCAAGUUGUAGAUAAAAAUAUACCUAAGGAGCCUACCUUUCUCGAAGGUAAUGAACCGACAAAUGACGAAAAAGAACAUGAUUCCUCGAAUAAAAGUGAUGAAGACCAAAAAACGGAAUUAAACCGUUCAACAGUGAAAGAAGAGACGAAGGAGGAGCAUCCUACUCAUGAACAGGAGGCUGAGGAUAAACAGGAGCUGAAAGUGGAACAAGGUCAGAAAAAGGAGAAGGAACCUGCAGGGAAACCGGAAGCCAGCCUAAAGAAUAAUCAAACGACGGAGAAAAAGGCUAGUUCUGGGACUACAGAUGAUACUAAUCCUGGCAAUUCGAACCAGGGAAUAACAAAAAUUAUUGAUAAGUAUGGUCGUUUGCAAAAUGGACUCGAAUACAAAGCUCGAACGUUCUGCUUGACAGGACGUGGAAAUGUUUUAUACAUGCUUGGAACAGAAUGCGCCCGGUUAUUGGGGUUCAAAGACAGCUAUUUUCUGUUUCAUAAAACACCUUCUCUGCGAAAGAUUGUGACAACACCGGCAGAAAAAGAAGAGCUUAUACAAAUGGGGUUGCUUCUUCAGAAUUUUCGUUCGCGUCAGGUCAGUAUUGUGCCUGCUCGGCAGAUAUUCAUGGUUUUUGGUGCCCGAAUAUUGGUCCAUGGUUCUGUCGAUCCUUCAGCCCACAAAAUGCUCUUUGAACAAGGUAUUGCCUGGGCUGAUGAUGAGUAUCACAAGCUUGACAGUAAAUCCACCGUAUCUUCAUCAGCAGGAACGCCUGGCCGUACAGACGGCCGUGGAGACACUCCUUCUGAAAGCUCUACUGACAUUGAACCAACGCCUCCUGAUGAUUUUCAGGCAGCACUUCGCAAUGCAGUAGACUAUAAUGCGGAAUUAUUCAAGGAACGUAAACGCCGGCUGGAUGCUGCACAUUAUUUUUACUACGGUCAGACAAAACAUUGAUUUUCUAUGGAUCCACACACACUUAACUAAGAGUGACCGAAUUCUUGACUCUUUUACACAAAAAAAUGCUUAUGGAUCGAUUCUUGAAAAACGUUUUAGUGUUUAUCAACCGACUGUCGGAUUCUAAUGUCCCAUGCUAAUGUAAAUCUCUUACUCAAUUAAACAUAGGAAAAAAAAAACAAUCUCUCCUCACGACAGGUCAAUUCGUUUCGGUCCUCCAAUCGUGAUCAUUAACAUUGUCCGAUGUUGAACAUUAUGUUACUUCAUUCAACACAUGUUAUCUUUACCUUCGUUUCAUCUUCUAAACUUUCACUCUUUUUUUUCUUUUAUUUUUCUUUUUGUAAUUUCGAUUACAUGUUGCCUAUUCUGUUAUAGGGCAGCUAUUCCCAAUCUUUUAAUUUCCCUUUUUGCUAAAAGGUGUACCAUCUUAUAUCGACACCGGUUUGCGUACUUUAAUAUACUAAAAUAUAAUAGCU